CAAUAAUGUAAACAUAUGUCACAAGAAAAAAAUCACAACCGAAUAAGUGCAAGCGAUUUGGAACGGAUGUGUCAUUUGCAGCCAUUAGCAACCGCAAGGCGUUGGUGGCGGGGGGCCGACAAGGCGCACCAAUAAAUAAAACCAAUAGCAACCGCUGAGGGAGUGUAGAAAGUUGAAUGUAGGAGUUGAAUGAAAAGGGCAGGGGGGCUAAAAAAUAAAUACUCGCACUUGCUUUAGUAGUUUCAAUAAUUCAAUGAAAACCAAAUUAAAGUUAAUUGAAAAAGUCACGAGAGCCACGCAUUUGCAAGUGAAAUGACCACGCAAAGGCAAAAAGCAACAGCAACGGCAACGGCAACAACAGCAACAACGGCAGUCAAAUCAGACUCGCUCAGAACAACACAAACCGCAACAAAUUCACAAACGACAACAAAAACAACAAAACAAAUAAGCGUGCGAGAUAAAAUGAAAUGCCGCACCCAAAAUUUAGGCAAAAGAUAUGAAAAUGCAAAAAGAGCACAAAAACAAUAACAACAACAUAAAAAAGAACAAAUUAAAGAAUUAUAAGCAAACAUCGAAGAAGCGCAAGAGAAAUAACAACUACAUAUAAGCCAAACUAGCAAAGACAACAAAAAUUCUAGAAAACUCCAACAACAACAACAAUCACCUACACUAUACCUACUGUGAUUAAAAAGUAGCACAACAAAAAAAUAGUCAAACUCAAAUUAACAAAAUUUAGCGCAACACACAAAAACCACAAAAGCAAACAAAAACUGGAAUCAAAAAUAAGCACAACAACAACAAACUCACAUCUACGUGUGCUUACUUGCGCACCCAUUAAAAGACACGGUAGAAUUCGUGAAAUUCUUGCACUUCCAAAUAACUUCCUUUCAUUCAAAUUAGCCGAAAUCAAAAUUACGCACUCGCUCAAGCGCAACAUCUCCACCAGCCAAGAGAAUGGGUAAUACGCAAACAAACCACACCACAACACACGACCCUCAAACGCCAACUAAUGGCGCAGGUGGUGGUGGUGGUGGAGGGAGUGGUACGUUGAAAAGUCGGCGCGGCAGUCGGGUGAAAGUUUUUGCACGUUUCGGCCAAAGGAAACAAUCGCAGCUGUCUGUGUUGCCGCCAACGUGCGCGUCCGCGUCAAAGGAGGCCAUCAUUGCCACACCCACUUCGACUUCCGCUUACGAUGAUUCGAUCGAGGAGGAACUAUUGCUACGCCAAAGUCAUGCGGCUGUGAUAAGGCAGUUGGAAGAUGAGCAAAUGGAUUUCCGGAAACCCCAAAAACCACAAUCGGCAAAGAAAAAGAUAUCAAAACUCUUCAGCAGAAAAGUUGAUUAUGAGCCCGAAGAGUCGGCAGCAACAGAAGAUUACAAAAAGAGUACAGGUAGCAAACAAAAGCGUCUUGCACCAAAGCCACCUGAGACAAAAGAACUUCUGAGCGAUAUUACAAAAGAGAGUACAGCGCGCUCACAACAGGUGGUGAUAACGGCACAGCAUGAAAAGGCAGACGAAAUAACUGCAACAGCUAAUAAAGUAAAGCCAUCAAACGAUUUUGAGCAUACAACACCCACAACAACAAGCGCACUAAAGGUUGAGCAAACACCAGCAAAACAAGAUAAUGAAGAUCACCGUGAGUUCAUUGAGCAUCUCUUCGCUGCGGUCGCCAAUAAUAGCAGCAGCGAAGCAAUUGAAACCACAACAGCAGCCGAUGUAGGCAGCGCAACGGACGAUGAGCGCGAUUGGUUAGACUAUGACGACGAAGAAAGCGGGGGCAAUGAUGGUACAGCACAGCAGAGAACGAAUUUUAGAAGCAAGCAAGCAAAACAAACUCGAAAACAUGCCUACAAACAAUUGGAAGAAUCAACAGUUGGAUCUAGCGCGGUGGUGGAAAGUUUCCAAGAGCUUCCAGCGUCUCGCACAACCAUAGACAAUAACGACGCUACUAAGUGGAAUGUCAGCUCAAAGCGAAAUGGCAACGCAUCGCCGACAAAUGAAGAACGAGUUAAAACGUCAAAAAGUGUUAUUAGUAGUGAUUGUGAAGGGGCGCAAUCGAUUAGUCUUGUUGUUGCUGGUGAUUGUGGUUGUGGCAUAGCAAAUCCACAAAGUAUCAAAGAUCAAAGACAAAGAAAAGGUGAAAUUAAUGAACCAACGGAUCAGUGUGUUGACAGUGAAAAAUCUGAAAAAUUCAAGCAAAUUACAAAGCAUGAGAAGACAUUGUGCUCGCGCAGGUUGGUCGUGCAAACAGAAUCAUGGAAAACGGCGAAUGCCAUAAAACGUGUUGAAGUUCAAUAUCGAGAACAAGGAAAAAAGCAAGAGGAAAGUGUGCACAGAAAGACGGUGGAAGCGGAUAGUGCAGUCGCACGCAAAGAAGCCACAGACGCACUGGACGAAGGAGAAGUCUAUGAUGAGUACAACAACAUGCUCGUCUCCGGUCGCCAGUUCAACCGGCAACAGCCACAACAACAACAACAACAAAACUACGAUAUUAUUCUACUCAAGGAAAUGUCAACAAGUUCUGAUUCACUCUUUACAGACCCCAUUUCACCGCGCAGCAUUGGCGAACAGCAGCAACAACAACAACCACUACACCCAGAAGCUGCCAAUGAAGUGGAUAGAAUUUCACGUCCAUUCAAUCGUUUGGCAGCGCGUGGCCUCAACGAUCUACCCACGCUUAUCAAAGAACGCCCGAUUAGCGAGAUCAGCAUAACAUCAGCCGAUACUUCGGGUAUACUCUCGCCGACAACAGCACGUGCUGUGCACGAGCUGCAACGAAGACAUCGCGCCGAUAAGGUAGCGCAUUUGUCAGUCUCACAAACAACUUACUUAGAAUUGGUGCCUGAUACAAGUCCGGAAAUCGAAUCGGAUAGUCCGGAUGAGCAAAUGGCGUUGCAAUUGGGCAAGAAAUUGGCGCAGGUGCUGAGUAGUAGUGGGAGUAGUGGCAGUGCGGCGACAGCGACGCCGCAAGAUGGAACGGCAGCGAACAGCGUAGGUGGCGCGGACCUCUUCAGUAACAUAGCGAAGACAAAGAAGAUUGAGUUGCAUAAUUUAUCGUCGAUGCUGGGAACGGCAGCGAGCGCAACAACAGUGACUUCAACAGAGGAGAAAGCGGAUGCCGGCACCUUGAACAGCAAACAGUCGCCGCCUUUAACAGAAACUCAAUCAACCGUUAUAAUUUCGUUUAAAUCAUCACAAACACCUGUUCAGUCUCAACAGCCAACGCCAGCACCUCCCUCCACGCCUCCGCCAGCAACGAAUUUGAAACGGGAAACCUCCACCCUCGCUACCCCACACGCCAGUACAACAACGGCAACGACAGCAUCGGCAUCGGAAGUUGCUGCAUUAACGCCCACUACUUUAUCCCCGGAAUCAGCCACCAAUGCCAUUACAGCAGCAACACCUUUGACACCCGCCACACCAGCAACUACGCUUAGCAAUAAUGUGCUGAAAAAAGUUGCUACAUUCACGGCUGAGAAGGCAGCAGCAACAGCAGCCAACACUAUUAACGCCAAUGCCAACGGAAGUGCGAGCACCGCAGGCGUAGCUGGGCAUUUGGAGUACAUCAGCGGCUGUCGGCGUUUAUCUUAUGUGCCUGAAAAGUUAAGCUUCGCUGCGUAUGAAAAGUUUGAAGGCCAAAUGCUCAUGAAAUGGCUAAUUUCAUCUCUGCAACAGUCUGGCAACAAUCUCAACGAACAGGACUUGAAUAACCUAACAAUGCAGUAUUGUAACAAUUUGAUAAAUGUGGGUGUGUUAAAGCAGAUUUCCGAGGAAACGGAUAUCAAAAACUUCAGUCCCUUUUAUAUGUACCAAUGGACGCAUACGGAAGCGCCAACCACAUCUGUGCCGCUUACACCCGGCAGACUAGACACAGUAGCGGUGUGGCCGCAUUGCAGCACACCUAGCACAGUGUCGCGCAUACCGAAGGGUGUGCAAGUGGACACCACAGCAGACAUCGCAUUUCAACAGAAUCUCCGCAAGCGUUUGCUUGCCUGCGGCAACCUAACCGAAGUACACAAUGUAGUAAAUGAGUUGCUCACUUCAAGCGAAAUGACACGGCGCCCAUCUAGGCGUUGCAUCGAAUUAACAGAACUCCUAAAUGCGAGCGAAGCAACAGUUUACGAAUAUGAAAAGGUUGUCUCGACAUCAGCUUUAACGAGUGGUGAAGUGAGGAGUCAACAAGCACUCGAUACAGGUGUACAGACAGAAAUAUCAUUGGAGGCGGGUACAGCAACGUGUCCGUUAUGCUUGCCAAAAAUGAAAGAAACCAGUGAUCAAGGCAUACAAACGGAGGCUGAGGCGACAACUAGUGUGCCAAAGCCACCUCCACCGCCCCCACCACCUUAUAAUCCUAGCAUUUCGAAUACUCCUAUAACAGCACCACCUCCACCGCCUCCACCAGCUCCGCCUGCACCACCACCGCCACCACCUCCGCCUGGCAUGAAUGCACCUGCACCGCCACCACCACCACCACCGCCUGGCAUGAAUGCGCCUGCACCUCCACCGCCACCACCACCACCAGCGCCGCUCUCCUCAACAGCUGGUGUGCCACCUCCUCCUCCACCUGCGCUUCCUCCGCUCAAUACUUCAGCUGUGCCGCCGCCUCCCCCACCCGGAGCACCAAAGCCACCUUCAUCCUCAACACCAGCGCCACUGCCAAAUCCAACUGAGGGAGCGUGGUUUCAUACCACAAAUACUCUUCGAAAGACUGCCGUUAACCCGCCUAAGCCUAUGAAACCACUUUACUGGACUCGCAUAGUUACAACUGCGCCACCACCUAGACCUACACCUCCACAAUCGAACACAGACUCCAGUGGCAGCUCGCCAGAAGACGUUCCAGACGCAGCUGCGCCAAAGGAAAUCUGGCAGGAAAUCGAAGAGACAAAUCUCGAUAACAUCGACGAAUUCACUGAGCUUUUCUCAAGACAGGCUAUCGUUCCCGUUAGCAAACCAAAAGAGAAAAAGGAGGUGCGUGUGAAGACAAUGAAAGUUUUGGAUAGCAAGCGUUCCCAGAAUGUCGGUAUUGUUUCGCGUAGUUUGCACGUCGACUUUUGUGAGAUCAAACACGCUAUCUACCAUGUGGACACAUCGGUUGUAAGUUUAGAGACAUUACAACAAAUAAUUAACAUUAAAGCAACAAACGAGGAACUGGAAUUGAUAAAGGAGGCGGCACAAAGCGACAUACCACUCGACUAUCCAGAGCAAUUUCUGCUAAAAAUCUCACAGAUCUCAAUGUCUACGGAACGUAUUUCCUGUAUUGUCUUUCAAGCCGAGUUCGAGGAAGCCGCAACGGUAGUUUCGCGAAAACUGGAAGUUGUUACACAGCUUUCACAGUACUUGAUCGAGAGCGAAGACCUGAAACUGGUGUUCACCAUAAUACUCACGCUGGGAAAUUAUAUGAAUGGCGGAAAUCGACAACGUGGUCAAGCGGAUGGUUUUACACUAGAGAUUUUAGGGAAACUCAAAGAUGUCAAAUCCAAAGAGUCGCAGACGACGCUGCUGCACUUUAUCGUACGCACCUAUAUUAGUAGGCGACGAAAAGAGGGAGUACAAUUGCUGGAGAUGGCAUUGCCCAUACCAGAGCCCUCGGAUGUGGAGCGAGCAGCACAAGUGGAUUUUGAUGAGGUCAAACUCCAAGUAAUGGAACUUCAUAAGAAGUUAAAAGCCAAUAAAAAGACAACGGAGCGUGUGGUGCUAGCCUCGACUCCAGACAGUUUGGAGCCAUUCAAAUCGAAAAUGGAAGAAUUCAUAGAGAGCGCAACAAAAACUAUUGAUAAGCUUUAUAAAGACUUGGAUGAGUCGCGUGAGACGUUCAUCGAAACAAUGCGUUUCUAUCACUUCACACCCAAAUCUCGUGCGCUGGAGCAAUGCACACCUGAUCAGUUCUUUGAGUAUUGGACGAAUUUCACCAAUGACUUUAAGGAUAUUUGGAAAAAGGAGAUUGCCACGUUGUAUGACGACUUGUUACGCAAGUCCAAGCAAAUUCAAACACAAUCACGAAAAAAUGUAAAAACUACAAAACUGAAGCCAGGUGGCCUUAAGGAACGUAUCUUGCGAUUGAGCAAAAAAUAAAUGCGCGUAGCAGUGAAAUUUUUAAUCGACAAAAAAGAUUUAAAAUAAAUGUAAUAUUUAUUAUGUAGCUUAAAGCAUUAUUUUGAAAGUAGAUGGAAAUGUUUUAGGCAUUAUAUUUGUUGCUUUAGUGACUAGCUAAUUGAGUAUUAAAUUAUUUGCAAAUACAAGCGAAUGCCCGUAAAUAUGCACAUAUACACACACACACACACACACACACAGAUACAAUAGAAAGUAGCCUUAUAUUACAUUUAGCGAUUAUACUAAUUUAAUUUUGUAUACGAAGCAUUAUUAAUUUUAAUUUUUUUAAAGAAACUGCAACUAUAUUUAAUUUGAAAUUGUUAAAUAAACAAGUUAAAAAAUUAUUAAAAAUUUGAAAAA